AGUUGCACUGUUUACUCUUCUGGAUUGAGGAUAAAAUCAGUGAUUUUGUAAAGUGUUACAAUAAAAUUGACCUAUUUCCUCUUAUCAAUGGUGGACUUGCAUAUUAAUAACGAAUUUCUUUCAGUACAAGAUUGAUAUUCCAUAUAUCAGUCUCUUCUCAUUCCGAAGGUCAUCUACUCGUUCCAAUAAGCACGCUACUCUCACGUGAAUGCAUUCUCUGCUGCGUAAUUUGUUUCUUCAAAUAUAAACUUCGGCAAAGAAAUAAAAUAAUAUUCGUGCACUUUCAAGAUUGAUGAAAUGAAUAUUCGCUGCUGGGGAAAUCCAAGAUUAGAGGAAAAAAAAGAAAAAGAAGCUUGGCCAAAACUCACGUCUGAAAACCAUCAGAGACGCAAAAAUGAUUCUCAGACGCCUGCCAGAUGGCAUCAGAAAAAGAGGGCAAGCAACAGUCUUGGUGGUAACCAAUCCCAAAUUGACGAUCAAUUGAGGAUUGCUUCGCGCGCUUGUGAUUACCCAGAAUUGGGUGGACAAAUGUCGAGGAAGAUUGAUUAUUCCGGGCAGGGUCCUUCUGCAAUUAUUAACGAGAAUGUGGUGACUUUUGAUGACGAAAGUGGUUCAAGGACAAAAUCUAAGAAGCAUUUGAGAAGGUCGAAGAGGUCGAAUCUGAUUCGUAUCAAUAUUCAACAGGUUUUAGAGAAUCAAAUAAGGCUAAAAAAUACAUUAGCAGAGAAAAAAAUAAGAUGUUGUGAUCGAGUUGUGGAAGCAAAACGCAAUAAAAUCUUUUUAUCAAAGAUAAAAAGGCCCUCUAAGUUAAAACAAGUAAUUAUAAAUGAAAGAGAGAAACAGAGAGAAAUGCGAAAUCGAGAAAAAAGGGUACAGCCAGUCAUUGAUGAUCUUCCCAAAAUUGACUUAGGAAAAUUAAAAAUUAUAGCUGACCCCGAAUUAGAUUUUGAUCAUGCAAGGAAUUUGGCAACUUUGAAUAUUUUCGGAAAUGAGCACAGAGAUUUGAGGAACGAUCCUUUGUCUGAUGAAAUUUUAGAAAGUAGGAAAGACGUUACCGAAAAAUUAGAAAAUUUAUUGAUUAGUACAAAUGAUAAUGAUGUAAAUGUGGUGGAAGAUGAUUUGAGAUAUGAUAUUGCAAAUAUGAAAAUUGAUGGAUUAGAUAGUCUAGGAGGUGGAAUUCACCUUGGCGAUAUUAAUAGAACGCUAAAUCUCAGAAGUGAAGAUAAUCAAAUUUUGCAAAAUCCUAAUCUGAAUUUUCAAGGCAAAGAAAAUGAACUUAAGUAUACCAGAAAAUUUAGAGAGUAUUGUACAAAUAUAGUUUCAGUUCCACUGAAUGAAAAAUUAGAAACAUUCCUUAAUGAGUUAUUUAGACUGCAAAAAAAAUUAUAUGAGAGAGACAACGUGAAAGGAAGGUACAGAAGAAGAUAUUAUACGGGAUUCAAGGAAGUCGAGAAACACGUUAAUCUAAAAAAAGUUAGAUUUGUGAUCAUUGUUCCAGAUCUUGAAAGGAUACAAGUUGAAGGAGGACUAGACGAUGCAGUUGAUAAAUUAAUUAGUUCCUGCAGAAAACAAGACAUUACAAUUUGUUUUGGUCUCUCAAGACGAAAAUUAGGGUACCUUACCCACAGAAAGGGUUGCGUUAGUUGCAUCGGCAUUUCCCAUUUUAGUGGCACGGAGGAAAAAUUGGAAGAAGUUCUGAACAAUCUAGUGGAUGCUAAAAACGAAUUCAUGAAAUUGAAAGACGAGUUGAAUAAAGUUAUAGAUACAAAAAAAAUUAUUGACGAAGACACCUUACUUUCCGCACGUAUUAAUUUGCUUUUGAAAAUACUGGCAUCUACAACGUGAAACUAAUCAAUAGGUAUUAGGUAAUAUUUACGGAAAAAGAAAAUUUUAUAUUAUAAUUAUAUGUCCGUCCUCAU